UGCAUCGCGACUCGGCUAGCCGAUACCACCGCGUACCUAGUAACUCGUUCGUCGGUCGUGUUACGUUGUGCAACCGAUCGAAAUGUUGACAACAGCUGUGGUACUGUACUUGCUAAGCAUCGUGACCGCAGACCUGCCGCCAUACAUCAAAGUUUGUCAGCGUAAUGACCCAAACGUUGACAAGUGCAUCAUUAACUCAGUGGAAGAACUGCGACCUAAGAUGAUAGAGGGUAUACCCGAGCUGGACGUCCCAGGUAUAGAACCGCUAAGCCUGGGACAGAUUGCAUUGGCGAGGGGACCACAAGGUGCAAAAUUAACAGCAGUAGUCAAUGAUGUUAAAGUGCGAGGACCCAGUAACUUCAUUAUACAGGAACUCAAAUCUGAUUUAGACAAGAACCGGUUUGACUUCAAAUUGCUGUUGCCGCAGUUGGACUUUGCUGGAAAAUAUAAGAUGGACAUACAAGUGUUACUGUUGCGGUUACAGGGCAGAGGAAACAUCACCGGAUCUUUCAAGGAUUAUGCUUGCAAUGUCACAAUGAGAGGACACAAAGAGAAACGCGGGGAAGAAGAAUACCUCCAAUUUGACCCUUUCAGAGUUAAACUACGUGUCGGGCAGUCGUCAAUCUACCUGACCAACCUCUUCGAUGGAGAUCCAGUUCUUGGACCGGCUACAAACAGAGUCAUAAAUGAAAAUUCACAAGUAUUCUUACAAGAAAUAAGUCCGGUCCUAGAACGGAGCCUUGGGGAACUCUUCACAGAAAUGGCCAACAAAAUAACAUCAAAAUUUACAUAUAAACAACUAUUCCCUUGAUAUAAUAUAAUUUAGUUUUAAAUUACCUAGUAUGUGAUUUGUUUAUACAUUAUUUUAUGUAUACAGUAUGUUAUUGGAAAAUCACGUUGUAAAAUGCCUAUCUGAAAUCCGUUGUGAUAAUAUUUUUAUUGGUUGAGUAUUGAUUAAUAUUUGUAAGUGAAGGUAUUUUUAGGUGUAAUUUUAAAUGUAUAAAUACGAGUAUAAGUUAGAAAUUGAAAAUUAUUUCAUUACGAUAUAAUAUUUGUAGAUAUUGUUUUAUUAAGUAGGCAAUUCUUGCAUAGUAUUGUUUUAAAACUUAAUAACAUUUAUAUAUUAUUGCCUAUGUGAAUAGAAAUUAAUUGCUCUCUUUUAGUUCCGUUUCCAUUUCAUUCAGUACACAAAACUUAUCUCAGCUUUUGUUUAUUAUAAAAAAAACUAUUUUUAUUGUGAUUAGACUUGAGAAAGAGAUUAUUGACAAAGAAAUAUCAAUUUAAUAUUACAGAUGCAUUCUUUACAAAUUUAUUAUGUUUUAUAUAGGUGUUAGGAAAUUUUAAAAUUGAAUAACAAUUAGUAUACAAUGGUCUCAAUUUUGGGAAUAGAUUAGUCAAAAACCCAUUGUGACGGUAUUGGUCGUAGUUAUUAGAUAUUUAGUUUAAACGAUUAUCGUCUGAAAUAAGAAAAGUGUAUAAUCUAAAUCUUUUAUAGUUACCUAAUUAAUUUAUAUAAACCUAAUCAGAUUACGUGCUAAUUCGUAUAUCCUAAAUAUCUAAUAACAAUUCUUUUUUAU